UUUAGUCAACCCGAUGCACGGCAAGGAUGCGGUUCGCCGCUCGAGAACGUGCCGCUGUUCGCGUGCAUUUGUUACACAACGCUUGUUUGUAAUUUUUUGAAAAGUGACGUUACUCCAAUAGGAUGUCAGUGCCCAAUAAUUAUCGAAUUUUCACAUGAAACGCAAGUAGCAUCAAGAUUUUACACAUUAGAUGGUCUUCCCUGCGAUCCGGCAUUUGUAGUUUGCGUCCAGAUAAACGCACAAUAAAACUUGUUCUUACCGCAAAUAUUUCAAGGAACGAAUAAUUUUGACUGUUCAUCGCUCCAUACGUAAAUAAAUUCGAAAACAAUUGAUAAAAAAAAAUAAAUGUAUCAAUACAGAUUGAUGUAGUAUGACGACCGAAGCUUAUGUAACAAUCGCACAAGCGGCUUGAACUGCUUAAUCGGAUUAAAUACUUACAUUUUACAAGACAUUUUUUAUGUGCCGCAUGCAAAGAGUAGGUCCGUCCUAGUGGCUCAAUUUACCUGCGUUACGCCGGAAAAUCAAAAUUCUGGGAAAAGCAAAAUUAGAUAUUAAAUAUACGUUAAAAGUAUCUCUUCCUACUCUCAUCUCUCUUGCGGCUUGUGCAAGGAGGAAAUGCGGCGCUCGUAAGGAUGCAUCGCACUUCUGCCCUCAGUGACGACAGCGAUUACCGCAACGCGGCUGGCAUGCUCGUGAGAUAAAUGUCGUGGGAUAUUUCCGUGUGUAUCCCGUAUUAUACAUUUUUCCAACUGUUAAACUUGUCUUUUUUGAGACAAUAAUAGAUCAACAAUUAUCAGUAUGUUCACGCGAGUAAGUGACUUUCUCGUAAACUCCCGGCUGACAGUCCCGCAUGAUGGAAAGAUGUUUUCUACUUGACAAACACGUAGCCGACAAGAGAAAGAUUUUUAUCUUCCGAAUCUCUUUGUAAAUCUUUUUCACGGAGAUAAUGGCAACGGCGGAAGAAACGGCGAAGGACUGGAAAGUCGCCAGGACCGGCAUCUCCCUGCUGCUCAACAACAAGACCGAGGAAGCUGAAGCUCUGUUUGCCGAGCAUCCUCAUAGCUUCCACGUCAAAGCCGGCCGUUGCUUUGUUCUCUUCAUGAAUGCCUUGAUGACUUUCGAAGAGGACAAGUUCCAGCAAGCUACGUUACUGCUUAAGGAUAUGGAACGAGAAUGUGCGGGCGAUAUAGGAUGGCUAAAGUCUGUAAAGAGUAAGGUGUUUAGAGCAGAAGAGACCGAUAAGGAUUACGUGAAUAAGCUAGAGCGCCAAAUCGUUUUAGCGGAUACGCAGGUGUUCUCGGCCGUAUCGUUGUUUCUCCAACAAGAGUUAACCGGAUACGUUCGCGGCUGUUGGAUGCUGCGCAAAGCUUGGCGUGUUUAUCAGCACGCGUAUACUCAGAUCUCGCAACUUUAUCGUCGCACCUUUGGUACAAAUCCGACCGCAUUCAGUCCAUGUUACAUCAAUCCGACGAGUAAUGGAACCUCUCUGCAGAGCCCGCAGAGCCCGGAAUCUUCGGAAUGGUCGAUACCAUCCUGCAAUGGUUACACAAACAACGUGACACCCGUAUCGUCGCCUUCAGGUCUGCGAAGCUCUCUAUCAAUGUUCUUCUCGCUCACUGGCAUCACGUCCGAACAACAGACACCCUUUGUGGAACCUACGGAGGUGACACGUUUAAUGUCGGCCGCAAGUUUCGGUUACGGUAUAUACCAGCUGUGCGUGAGCCUUUUGCCACCGUCUGUUCUGAAAGUAAUCCACUUCUUCGGCUUCGAGGGUAACAGGCAGUCUGGUCUUACUGCCCUUAUGUACGCACGACUUGGCGAAGAUAUGCGCGCACCGCUCGCUACAUUAGCUCUACUUUGGUAUCACACGAUUGUGCGUCCGUUUUUCGCACUCGAUGGGUCCAAUGUAAAAGCGGGCGUCGCGGCAGCGAAACAGCUGAUAGUUGAAUGUCAUUCCGAAUUCCAGAAUUCUGCCCUUUUUCUUUUUUUUAUCGGCAGAAUGGAGCGUUUAGAGACAAAUGUCGCUGGAGCGUUAGAAGCGUUCGGCAAAGCUGUGGAGGUUGCGACUCAAAGGGAAGUUGAAUUGUUAUGUUUACACGAGGUCGCUUGGUGCCACGUGAUACGCUUGAACUACGAUAAAGCAUAUCGAUCUUUGUGGCAGUUGCAGCAGCUAUCAAGAUGGUCUAAGGGCUUCUACGCGUAUUUAGCAAUGGUUUGUUGCGGAGCAAACGGUAAAUAUGAGAUUCUUCUAUCGCUGUACGGCAAGAUCCUUCCUUGGUUCCAUGAGACAAAAAGCGAAUCGCAACUUGAUAUUUUUAUCAUGCGUAGGCUGCCAAAAAUUGUCGAUAAGGAGACCGGACAUCCUUACACAGCAUUGUAUUAUAAAUUGCUUGUAUACGAAUCAUUGUAUUUAUGGAACGCUCUUCCGUCCUGUUCCACCGAAUCGCUGCGAGGAAUAUUAAAUGGUAAUAAUAGAUCGAUUUACAUGCCUGAUGAAACGACGCCGAUGAGCGCGCGGAACGCUUUUUGUUGUGUUAAUGCAAGGAAUUGUCCGGGUACUCCGACCAGUUGUAAUCAGCGGUCUUGGUACAUCAAACUCGUCAAACCUUUCGCUUUCUGCGUCAUUACGUCGAUGCUCGCGAUGUCCGUAUCUCACCUUUGCGAUAAAUAUUCCGCAAGUGCGUCAUUAAAAAUGAUCAAAGCAGACUUGGGAAAUCUUCGAUCUCAUUUGGGUACUCUCUCGCUAGAGGUGAAGAACGUAAUAGAGAUGCGAGAUGAGCUGAAGAGCAAGUUGAAAGAAGUGGGCACUGUGAUUCCAAAAAUGUCAGAAGCCAUUCUUAACCUGAGGAACGAAGUGUCCGAGGAGAUGAGUCUACAUACGAAGAACUUGCUGAAAGCUCUGUCACCGGAGACUGUCAGAAAUAUGGUGAGAAAUGAACUACAGACGUACGAUGCCGAUAAAACUGGAAGAACGGAUUACGCUCUUGAAAGUUCAGGCGGCGCAAUUCUAUCGACACGAGACACUCAGCCUUACUCGACCGGUGCACCUGUGCUCAAUUUGUUCGGCAUACCGCUUUGUCAACAGCAGAAUACACCCCGAGCCGUGAUACAGACUGGCGUUUUGCCGGGCGAAUGCUGGGCCUUCAAGGGUAGCAACGGCAGCGUGGUGAUUCGAUUACUCGGCCGUGUGCACGUAUCUGGAGUUAGCCUCGAACACAUCUCUUCAUUAAUAUCACCAACUGGAGAGACUGCCACGGCACCAAAAAAUUUUUCCAUUUGGGGUUUAAAGGAUCUGGAUGAUAAGAAGCCUUUCUCAUUUGGCGAUUUCGUAUACGACAAUACCGAUUCGCCGUUGCAGUAUUUUGAAGUUCAGAAUCGAGCGAAAGAAACAUACGAGAUAAUCGAGUUGAAGGUUCAUUCUAAUAGUGGUAAUCCAGAAUAUACAUGUAUUUACAGAAUACGGGUGCACGGUACACUUAGUAAAAUAUAAAUGCAUAUCAGAUUCUCGUUGAUUGACUGGAUGUACAGAAACAGUUUGCCGCUUGAUGUCAAGGAAUAUAUUGUUUGCUGCAAUAUUGAUUAGGCGCUGAAUGUAAAUCAGGACAGUGGGUGGUCGCUCAAUAAAAACAACAGGCGAGUUCAACGCAA